UGCUUAUGUCUUGUAAAAAGAUCAUAUUGGUCCUACUAUUUACGGGAAUGUUGGUUUGCCUCUCUGUUUUCACAACUCGUAAAAUGAAGACGACAAGUGAAGGGAAUCAAGAGUUGAAACUAAAACGAGAAGAAAAGGAAACCGGAAACCAAAAAUAUGCCGAUCAACUUAAAAACGUUCUUGCUGGCAAAAAAGGACAGGAUUUCAACCUUAAAAUUGGUAUAAGAAAUGAUUUAAGGAUGCAAGAUUGUAAAGAAACAAAUUUCAAACAAACAUUUCCUGAUAUAGAUUAUGCAUUUUUCGGAUAUAACAUCUUACGGGGUUAUCCACUGUCCAAUGGACACGAUCCUGGAUUUACGUUCCCAAUCUUUAAAACAGACUAUAGUGAAGGGAAACAAACGUCUGACUGCAGAUACAGUAUACCUCAUGGACUUGUUGUUGUUCCUGAUGUCUCGUGUAUAACAUCAUUUACUUCUUCUACUGCUCGGAACAAAUACGAGUUUUCGAAAUCCUUAUCGUACAAUGCUAAAGUAGAAGGCGGUGGCUUUUUCGGAGUCAGUUUUUCAGCAUCGUAUGGGUACAAAACUUCAACUUCUGAGAUGUCAUCAGGAGAAAAUGUUAAAAUAAUAUCAACGGCUAAGUGCAUUUACUACUACACUGAGCUUAUUCUGGAAAAUAUUCCUCGUUUCACUCCACAGUUUUUAACAUGGGUUAAGAAACUUGAUAAAUCAGAUGACUCACAGACAUAUCUAGACUUUUUCCAUCGCUAUGGUACACAUUAUCCCACUUAUACAACCUUUGGGGCUCGUCUUACAUACGAACACACGAUGAAAUCAUCUGACUACCAGAAAAAAACAGAAAAAGGUACAAAUGUAGCUGUUCAGGCAAGUUAUUCUGGAUUAUUUAGUGUGAGCGGGGGUUUUAACAUGGACACCAAUCAAAAGAAAGACAUAUCGGAGUUUUCUAGCUCUGUUACAACUAGGACUGUGACUGUUGGAGCACCCCCGCCAUCAAAUGGUGAUGCAAUGACAUGGGCUUCAUCAGUCAAAGAAAGCCCGGUUCCUAUGCAGUAUGAACUGUCUCCAAUACAUACAUUAUUUUCUGACGAAUACAUGGGAGCAUUAGGUGUCAAUCACAAGAAAAUUGCCGGCAAAAUGAAAAAUGCAACUUCAGACUACUGCAAAUAUCUUCUUAAACGAGGACAAGUCGAUUCUUGUGACCCACUCAAACCUGGUAUAAUGCUGAAACACACAAGCAUUAGUUUCCACUACAACAACGCACAGGCAAAAAGCCUUAGCGAAUGCAUUGAUCUUUGUGAAAACGAAAUAGACUGCCUUGCAAUGACAUACUGCACAGCCUGCAGCAGAAGCAGCUUAUACUUUCAUGUUUGUUAUAAGUACAACACAAAGAAUAAUCCAAAGGGUAUACAUGCGGCAUCCACAUUAGGCGCAAGAAGAUGGGAUAGUGUCAUAUUUACUUUUAAAAUAAAAGACUACGUGCAGCUUGACAAAACUGCUAUUCGGGGAAUAUCAAGAUUACCUGUUAAGAAAAGUAAAGCAGUCACAGAUGCAGCUGAAUGCAAGUGGUUGUGCAUCAAAGACGCAUAUUGCGUGGCGUACACAUUCUGUAAAUGUCCAAAGAGAAAGAGUAAAUGUCUAACCUAUGCCGAACAUAGAAUACAUGGACUUAAGGGCGAUGCUCAGUCGACCACUUAUUUCAUUGAUAGAAAUCGUCGUCAUUGGAUGGUGAAACCACCAUGGAAAAAAGGAAAUAAUUAACAAAAUCGAAAAAUUAAUCAAAUGUUUAACCGACUCAGUCAUAUGAAUAUGAAAUAUAAUUUUUGCAGAGUACA